AUGUUUGGUGAGGGCGAGGAUGCUCUCAAACCCGCCGCCUCACAAGCCUCUGGAUCAUGGGAGCACGUCCCUGACAACCUCAGUAGCCUCAUUGUCGACCUUGAAGACCAGGGUCAAGAGCCCGACGGACAUUCUCCCAAGCCAUCAUCUGUCGCUGAUGAUACGCCGAUCGAUGCAGACGAUGAGUUCGACGGCGAUGCAGACCUCAGAGGCUUCAGAUUGAAAUGGUCCAAGAAGAGACGGACAGCGCAGGAACCUGUCGACAAAGAUAGUUUUGGAAAUGAUGGCUGUUUGUCUUCAUCACCUUCAUCAACACUCCCUGCAGUCAGCUCAAAUGUGGACGAUGCCUUGUCAUUGGCCUCGGCGAUGGCAGAUCGAAUUGUGGCCUCAAGUAUUGUUCUGCCUUGGGAGAGUGAGCUGAUGAGUCCAAUCUUUGGAAGUGUUGUCGAGGCUCAAGCGGACUUUAGUGUACUGAGGUGCGUUCGGAAUGCAGCGGACUUAGAUUUCUUGCAGGCCAGAGCAAAGACGAUGAAGUCAGCGCUGGCCAAGUUGCGCUGCGUUCUGGAGAUUGACUGGUCUGCGAGUGAAGUUGGUCGACAGUGCAUUGACGGUGGGGGCCAGCUUCGAUCUGACUGUGACGAUGUGAUCAAUUCCAUCAUUGGGACGAAGUCCCCUUCAACCAUUGUGAAGCGGUGCAAUGCAAUUUUUGCUUUCCAAAGAUGGCUGGCCAGCUUUAGUGAUGAACCGGCCUUCCCUUUGCAAGAAAGUUUGGUUUGGGAUUAUUUCGUGCAACUCAAAAAUGAGGGAGUCGACGGAGCGCAGGAGUGUGUGGCAAGUCGCAGACUGAUUGGCCAGUCGGAACUGCAGGCUGCGAUGAAGAGACCCACGCAACAAGCUCGGCCCUUGACCGUCGAGGAGGUGCAGAAGUUGUCCCGCAUCAUGUCUGAUGCAAAGCGGCCUCUUCAUGAACGAGUGAUCUGCAGCCAUUUAGUUCUGAUGGUGUAUACACGGAGCCGAAACAGUGACUUGGCGUUUGCGCACGAUAUCUCACAUGAUCACUCCGAGCGAGGGUCUCCGGAGAGUUUUGGUGGGUUCAUCCAGUUCACAACCAGGUACCACAAGGCGGCCAGAUCUGUCGAGGCGAAAUCGAUGCUCAUGCCAAUCAUUGCAUGUGGAGAGUCGGUAGGCCCUGAGCCUUGGCUGGACAUGUGGCUGACGCUGCGAAAGAAGUCGAAAUUGCCAACGUCUGGAAUCAUUGACGGAGCGGUCAUGCCGGUCGCACUCGUUGAAGAGGACGGCUUUGAGCUGGGCAGCCAAGGCUGGUGUCAACAGAGAUCAUCGCAGAUUGCUGGGGACUCAGACAGCAUCUAUGCCACCGACCUGAUGGUUGAGCCGGUCAGGUCACUUGGGAAAGUCAUUCGGAUGAUCCGCAAUGAGGAGUUCUUUCCAGACAAAGGAAGAUCAGAUUUCUUUGCAGCAAGAUCAUCGGAUUUGUCAGGAGCACCGAUCUUCCAGCCAUCAACACCAGGAUUUCUGCGUGCUCCGCCUACACCUGCAGUCGUCACUGCAGAGCGCGAGGAGACAGGACCAGAUACAGAUGUCAAGCAGGAGGUCGACGACCCGCCUCCAGCUGUUUUGUCGCUGGGUGACAAUAGUGAGGAUAGCGCAACUCAGCUAUGGGGCAUCCCUUGGGCGCCAGAGGAGUUCUUUGAGGAAGCCGUGAAAGCAGGGCACUCCUUGGCCAUGGGAAGCUUUCUUCCAAAGAGAUUGGAGGUCAUGAUUGAUCAACAGUCAUUCAUGAGUGCAGAACAGCGCAACCGCAUGAGGCUUGAGAAGUUGGCGUUUUUCUUGAAGAGGGCACAUCAGCUACGUUCUCAGGAAGCCGACUUCAAACAGACCUUGCACCCCGACGUGAGGAAGAUCCUCAAGUCGAAACGCAUCCUGCUUUGGCAAGAAAUGCUACAAUCCAUAAACUAUGAGGAUAUGGGUGUAGUGACAGAAUUCUACACUGGCACUCAGCUUGUUGGAGAAGCCGAACGAACAUCCCUUUGGCCUUUCAAAUUUACUCCGGCAUCUAUGACACCGCAUGAUCUGUCCCAGGUGUCGGAAAGCCAGAGACCUCUCAUCACCUAUGAGGCAUUCAGCUUCAUGGACCAAGAUGUGAUUAGUUCGGUGUGGGAGCAAACCUUGGCUGAGCGCGAUGCUGGUGAGAUUCAAGGGCCGUUUGAUAUCACAGAGAUACAGCCUAGUUACCCGCUUAGCAAGAGAUUCGGCGUGAGACAGUCAAACAAGAUCAGAUGUGUUGAUGACUUCAGUCAAUCUUCUGUGAACGCGUGUGCACAAACUAGCGAGUCGCCAAAACCCCAUACAGUGGAUGUAUUGUGCAGCAUGUGCCUUGCAGUCAUGACCAAGUUGACCAGAAGUGAACCCUGGCUUGUUAGGAGUUUCGACUUGAAGCGGGCAUACCGCCAGUGUGCUGUGGACCCGGACCAGCACUGUUACAGCUACAUCGCUGUCGCCGACCCAAGCUCCCGUUCAGUCAAAUGCUUCAAGAUGUUGGCGUUGCCAUUUGGCAGCGUCAGAUCGGCGCAUGCUUUUCUCAGGAUUGCCCACAGUUUGUGGGCGAUCUUGGUCUCUGUUUUUGGCGUGUGCAUUUCAAACUAUUUCGAUGAUUUUAUUGCAUUGGCAGAACGACCUGAAGCCGAGUCAGUUACAUCCGCUGUGACAAUGACAUUCAAGAUGCUUGGAUGGGACUUUGCAGAGACGGGUGACAAAGCUCCCCCAUUUGGGAGCCUAGUCACCGCCCUUGGAGUUCAGCUCGACGUCGCUUGCAUGCACAGUGGUCGUGUUUUGAUCGACAACACUAAAAGUCGUAAGACGGAGUUGAUCCAUGUGCUUGAACAGGUCCUGGAACACGGUACUCUCAACAGACAAGACGCUUUGAGGCUGAGAGGCCGCCUACAAUUCGCGUCAGGACAAAUUUAUGGGCGCAUAGCAAAGAAAGCACUUGCGAUUAUCACUCAACAUGCCUAUGGUAAUGGUGGAACAGAGCUGUCCCACGACUCGGUGCAUGCCCUACAACUUUUUGUGCGACUCCUACAGAUCGACGUGCCCCGAGAGAUUCUGUUGCACAGCAGGCUCUGUUUCUCCUGUUUACGGAUGCCUCGUAUGAACAGAAAGAUGGCUCCCCCAUAG